UAUAAUUUAUAUUUUAUGCUAAUUCCUUCUGUAUACAUAUUAUCAUAUUGCUUAUAUUUUAGCAAUACGAAUUAUUACCAAAAAGAAAUUAUUGUACAAGAUCAUUAAAUAGUGAGGUUAUAAAAAAAUAUCAUGUCACAAAACACAGUUUGUUUGGAAACAGAAUUAAGGAAAUUAAGGCCUGCAGAAUUAUAUACACUCGGACAAAUACUUAACGUAUCCGAUUCAUGGAAAAAGUUAAUGGCUAUUGUACCAAAAACAGAAGAUUGUGACUUUCCUAAAUUUAAUAUGGAACACUUUAGCAUGAUCGAGCAAGCUGCACAACAACAAAGGAGAAAUGCAGCAGAAAUAUUUUUAUCAGAGUGGGGAACAAUGGGCAAAAAGAGACCAACAUUGCGUGUUCUAUUAGACCUUUUAGUGAAAGCAGAAUUGUUUAGAGCUGCCGAUUAUCUAGCAGGCAACAUAUUGAAAGCAGACGAACUUCCGAAAAGGCCAGAAUGUGGACCAGCAGCUCCUAUAGACAUAUCAGAUGAAGAAAUAAAGAAAUUGUUAGAAGAUAAGAUGGAAUCACAGAAUACUUAUUCCAGCGAAUUUUUAAUAUUUAAAUUACCAUCUAACAUCAACGAUAAUAAGAUGAGUAAUCCUAAUGCAAUUGACAAUGCGUUGAAUGAUAACUCAUUACAAAGAAAUAUGCAGUCAACAAAAUUGAUUUCUACAAAAGAAAAGCAUGAUGAAGAGUGUUUGGAAAAUGUUGAAAGUCAGCAACAGAGAAAAAUAAAUAUACACAAUGUAAAUAAUAGUAAUUCGCAAAGACGUGAUUUUAGGGAUCAGGAAUUGCCAUCUUGUGAAUUACCUGUACCUCUAAUGGAAUUUGGUCAAAAUAUGACACAAAUGACACUAAAUGGCAUCGAGGAAGUGAAGUCGGAUGAACUUCCACUUGUCUUGAACAAUAGUAUAGAAAUUAAUCCUACAAACAAUUCGACAAGUUUUCAUAAUCCUAAUUUUGAUCAAAACGAGCUAAUGACUGCAGAAUUACCUCAGUGCAUCAUUGAACUUGGUGGAGAUUGUACAAUUAAUUCAGAUAAUAUAGGUUUUAAUGGGGAAAAUAUAAUACAAAAUGUAGUGAACUCGCAAGAAUUACCUAUCACAGUUUUAGAAUACAAUGAAUAAUACAGAUUUAUAAACAUAUUUGUAUAUAUUUUCUUAAAACAAGUUCAAGUUUUGGUUGAAAGCAAUCUCCUGUAAGGUGCAACUAUAAAUAUGUCGAAAGCAUUCCGUAUAUGUACACAUAUACUUAAAUGCAGAUGUGUUGUAAUUUAUCCUUACACUAAUACAUUUAAUUUUCAUAUAAACUUCGAGAUAAAAAGUACUUUCUGUAGUAUUACAUAUAAUACAGUAGAUACAUGUACCACGAGGAUACAUGAAUGUCGUGAUGGAAUUAUAUUUAUUAAUAUAAAGAAACUCAUUGCGUAUAUUGCAUUGAAUAGCAACACGUAAAAUAGAUGCACGGAACUUUGGGCAUAUUGGAAACAUGUAUUAAGUCUUAUUAAAUUUAAUAAAGUGUACAAUAUUAUAUAUAUAAAUGCAGAUGCAAGAGUGUGUCUAUCCGUCGCUAUUAUUACUCUGAUUCAUAGUGAAGUAAAGACUUUGAAGUUCUCUGA